AUGCAGAAGGACGAAUGUUUAGUUACUCCAGUUGAAGGUUCUGGUCCUAAAACAUGUGGUGGUUCAGCGAACGGUGCUCGUUGCUUUUUCCCUUUCAUAUACAAGGGAGUGACAUACACGUCUUGCACCAACAGGGAUCAUAACCAGUUGUGGUGUGCCACCAGAGCAGGAAAGUAUAUAGCACACAAGCAAUGGGGAAAUUGCCGAUGUGAAUAUCCACCUGAGCCUCCAGUUACUCCAGUUGAAGGUUCUGGUCCUAAAACAUGUGGUGGUUCAGCGAACGGUGCUCGUUGCUUUUUCCCUUUCAUAUACAAGGGAGUGACAUACACGUCUUGCACCAACAGAGGUCAUAACCAGUUGUGGUGUGCCACAAGAGCAGGCAAAUAUAUAGCACACAAUCAAUGGGGAAAUUGCCGAUGUGGAUAUCCACCUGAGCCUCCAGUUACUCCAGUUGAAGGUUCUGGUCCUAAAACAUGUGGUGGUUCAGCGGACGGUGCUCGUUGCUUUUUCCCUUUCAUAUACAAGGGAGUGACAUACACGUCUUGCACCAACAGGAAUCAUAACCAGUUGUGGUGUGCCACCAGACCAGGCAAAUAUAUAGCACACAAGCAAUGGGGAAACUGCCGAUGUGAAUAUCCACCUGAACCUCCAGCAGCCGAUUUUUCUUCGUUGUUUCGUUUCCUUGCAUUUCGUUGUUGA